GUUUCAGCCGCAUUCCAGCCGCUACUCAGAGAAUUUCUCCUGGGCAGCCCCGACACUGUAAAACCGCUGCAACUGAAGAUAUGGUCCUGCUCCUUUGCUUAUGGAUCCUGCUGUGGGAAGAGGUUCACGGAUGGGGAUUCAAGAAUGGAAUCUUUCAUAACUCCAUAUGGCUUGAACAAGCAGCGGGUGUGUACCAUCGAGAAGCUCGGGCUGGCAGAUACAAGCUCACCUAUGCAGAAGCCAAGACCGUAUGUGAAUUUGAAGGUGGCCGCCUUGCCACCUACAAGCAGCUAGAAGCAGCCAGAAAAAUUGGAUUUCAUGUCUGUGCUGCUGGAUGGAUGGCCAAGGGCAGAGUUGGAUACCCCAUUGUGAAACCCGGGCCCAACUGUGGAUUUGGGAAAACUGGUAUUAUCGAUUACGGAAUCCGGCUCAACAGGAGUGAGCGAUGGGAUGCCUAUUGCUACAACCCAAAUGCAAAGGAGUGUGGUGGUGUCUUUACAGAUCCAAAGCGAAUUUUUAAAUCUCCAGGCUUCCCAAAUGAGUAUGACGACAACCAGGUUUGCUACUGGCACAUUCGGCUCAAGUAUGGUCAACGAAUUCACCUGAGCUUUUUGGACUUUGACCUUGAACACGAUCCAGGCUGCCUGGCUGACUAUGUAGAAAUAUAUGACAGCUACGAUGAUGUCCAUGGCUUUGUAGGAAGAUACUGUGGUGAUGAACUUCCAGAAGACAUCAUUAGCACAGGAAAUGUCAUGACCUUGAAGUUUCUGAGCGAUGCAUCCGUCACUGCCGGAGGUUUCCAGAUUAAAUAUGUCACUAUGGAGCCUGCAUCCAAAUCCAGCCAAGCCAAAAAUACAAGUAGUACUGGAAAUAAAAAGUUCUUACCUGGAAGAUUCAGCCAUCUAUAAAAUUUUUUAAAGGAGAUGUUCAAAACAUACAAUAUUUAUAUUUGUAGCUGUUGGAUCUCCUUUGUUCUCACUUUUGUAUUUUUAUUAUUAACAUGUAUUUAUUAUUUUUCCAAAUGUGAAAACAAUAUGUAAUUGUGGGGGAAAAUUGAAAAAUACAGAAAACGGGCUGGGGAGAUGGCUCAGCCGUUAAGAGCACUGACUGCUCUUCCAGAGGACCUGGAACUCGAUUUCCAGUACCCACAUGGGCAGCUUACAAUUGUCUGCAACUCCAAGAUCUGACACUCUCACACCGACAUAUAUGCAGGCAAAACACCAGUGCACAUAAAAUAAAAAUAAAUAAUUAUUUUUUAAAGAAGAAAAAUAAAGAAAACUUCAAAUGAGUAAAAAAAAAACUCAUAAUUCUACUACACAGAAAUAACUAGUAUUAAGAUUUUUCAAUGUUUGUCUUUCAUUUGUUUUUCUACUUGUAGCAUAUGUAUAUAUGUAACUAUAUGUAUUUGUAUUUGAAUUUUGUCAUUCUGCAUUAUGUACAAUUUUAUAACCUGAUAUUUUUAAUGUUAACAUUUAUAACUUGAGCAAUUCCCAAGAUCACUGAGUUUUCUACAAACUGGGACUUUGAGCAGCUAUAAAUAUCCCCUAGUAUGAUUGUUUCCUGCUUUAUUUAAGCCAAAUUAAUAUUGGGAUUUUAGAUUGUUUUCAUAAAAAUUGCUGUAAUAAAUACU